AGAUUUGCGGAUAGCUCUCCGACAACAAACAAAAGAUCGAGGCUAGCUGAGCUCAUUAUACUUUGUCGAUCCGUCUAGCCUAACGUUAGUUGUCACUUUGCUCUCAACAACGACCUUCUCCUCUGUAUUUCAGCUACUUUCUUCUAAUCUUGUGCGGCAGACAGUCUUCUUCUAGUGUCUCUAUUUGUAGCUUUGUGUCCGCUAAUGUCAACCUGAGCCAUUUCAGCGAUCGCUUUGCCUUUGCUGGCCAAGCUAAAAGCGUUAGCUAGGUUAGCUACUCGGCUAACCAGCUCUGGCUGCCUCUCAACGACAAGCGAAGCCAGUUAGCCUAGCCUGCUAGCUAGCUUUGCUAAACCUCCCUUAAAACUUGACACUGACUGACACAAGUGGCUCUGGCUUGUUGCUGACAAGCCAAUUUACUGAAACUCGGGUCGUAGUCAUGUCUGGACAGUCGUCGGGUUGUGGCUUUCUGAUGUCGGUUGUUGUCCACGGAGACUCUGUUUUGAACGAGCAGGAAAAGGAGCUCAACCAGCGACUCCGACGGCUCUAUCCAGCCGUUAAUGAAAAUGAGACUCCGCUUCCCCGCUCCUGGAGCCCGAAGGACAAGUUUAGCUACAUCGGGCUCUCUCAGAACAAUCUCCGUGUACACUAUAAAGGUCAUGGAAAAACCCCUAAAGAUGCAGCGUCUGUCCGGGCCACCCAUCCGAUCCCAGCAGCCUGUGGGGUCUACUACUUCGAGGUGAAGAUCAUCAGCAAAGGCCGAGAUGGGUACAUGGGCAUCGGCCUCUCAGCUCAGGGUGUAAACAUGAACAGACUCCCUGGUUGGGACAAGCACUCAUACGGUUACCACGGAGACGACGGCCACUCCUUCUGCUCGUCUGGCACCGGGCAGCCCUACGGACCCACGUUCACAACAGGCGACGUGAUUGGCUGCUGCGUCAACCUCAUCAACAACACCUGCUUCUACACAAAGAAUGGCCACAGCCUAGGUAUUGCCUUCACAGACCUACCACCUAAUUUGUACCCGACCGUGGGCCUGCAGACUCCAGGGGAGGUGGUGGAUGCGAACUUCGGCCAGCACCCCUUCGUGUUCGACAUUGAGGACUACAUGCGUGAGUGGAGGACAAAGAUCCAGGCUCAGAUUGACCGCUUCCCCAUCGGAGAGCGCGAGGGCGAGUGGCAGUCCAUGAUCCAGAAGAUGGUGGCCUCCUACCUGGUGCAUCACAGCUAUUGUGCCACAGCUGAAGCCUUCGCCAAAUCCACAGACCAGGCCGUGCACGAGGAGCUGGCCUCCAUCAAAAACCGACAGAAGAUCCAGAAGCUGGUGUUGUCAGGUCGAAUGGGCGAGGCCAUCGAGACCACCCAGCAGCUGUACCCCAACCUCCUGGAGAGGAACCCAGACCUUCUCUUCAUGCUCAAGGUGAGACAGUUCAUAGAGAUGGUGAAUGGGACGGACAGUGAGGUGAGGUGUCUGGGAGGUCGCAGCCCAAAGUCUCAGGACAGCUACCCCGGCUCCCCCCGGCCCUUCAGCAGCCCCAGCCACAAAGCCAGCAGCUCCCAGCCCUACCUCCCAGGGUUCGACAGCAACUGCUGUAACGGUGUGACAUCUAAUAAGAGCCACAGCUCCUCCCCUCACAGUCACAAGCCCUGCCCCCCCAGCUCAGGCUCCACCCUCCCAGCGUCGGACAUUAGCCUGAACGGGAGCCGCAGCCAACAGCCCAUAACCAGUAGCGAUGUGGAUAUGGAGGUUGACCACUUCACCAACGGAGUGACAGAAUCAUCCUCCAAUGGUUUCCUCAACGGCAGCUCCAAACACACCACAGAGCCUGACGACUGUGACGCAGACAUGGAGGUGGAGUCGGCUCAGUCCAAGAGGCAGCUGUGUGGCGGGAGCCAGGCGGCCAUCGAGAGGAUGAUCCAUUUCGGCAGGGAGCUCCAGAGCAUGAGCGAACACCUCCGCCGCGAGUGUGGCAAGAACUCGGCCAACAAAAAGAUGCUGAAGGAUGCGUUCAGCCUGCUGGCCUACUCGGACCCCUGGAACAGCCCGGUGGGCUACCAGCUGGACGCCAUUCAGAGAGAGCCUGUCUGCUCCACGCUCAACAGUGCAAUAUUAGAGACUCACAACCUGCCCAAGCAGCCCCCCCUGGCCCAGGCCGUGGGUCAGGCCGCCCAGUGCCUCGCCAUCAUGGCACGAACUGGCAGCGGCUCCUGCGCCUUCGCCUCUGUGGACGAUUACCUGCACUAGCCCUGUACACACACACACACCUGAGGACCUGAGGACCUGUCCAGAAACGUCUCCUGCCACCUGCCAUCAGUGUAUUCAUAUUAGCUGAGGAGAUGCUCCUCUGCACGAGAACAAGUCGUAGAAAGUAAACCACCUCACUCACUUCCUGUCCCGCUUUUACAGACUGGCUUGAACACCACCGAGGAUCAGGAGUCGUUUCUGGGCACAUCUUAGGGUCACAUUUAAAACACGCAGAGAAACACACACACGCACACACACACCACCUCCCACCUCUCUUCCCAUUGUCAAUAUGAAAUGACGCCUCCACCUCGGUUGGCCACGUGAACCCCCACCUGCAGCCCUCUGGGGCUGCGUCCGCAUCAUUCUGACUGACAGCGGGGACGCCAGCCAAGAGCAGCCGAACUCGUGUGGACUCGCUGCAGGAACCCACCGCGCACACACACACCGGGGGCAUCGAGCCGGGGCGGACAGACGAGAAACAAAAACUCUGGUCAAGUUAUAAAAGGAAAAAUAAGAAAAAAACAACAACAUAAAAAUAAAGCGGACGAGUGACCGCUGAGGCCGACCAUCUUGUCGUGGUCCCUGUAAACCUGGCUUAAACGCACACACACAGAUAACACGCAAACAAGCAGACACGGAGGCAGGCUGCUGCUGCUGCUGCUGCUGUGACCAGGAGUGCAGAGUCCACGUCCUCAGAGGCUUACCGAGGGCUCGAACUUGGGCCAGCGCGAGGCUUCAUUAGGGACAGCCCCCCCCCCCGACCCCCCUGCACCGACUCCCCUCCCUCCACUCACUUCAGGACGUCGCAGAUUCGUGCGACGCAUGUGGACUCGGGACUUCGGGGAAGCCGGAGAGAACCUACAGUCGACCCAACGUUCCCUGUUUUUAAUCUUUUUGUUUUGUUUUGUUUUUUCAUGGGCGGAGUGGGGAGGGGUGGUUAUCUGGCUCUUGUUUUGUUUUUAGUUUCUGCAGGUUUACAAGGUAUGGUGCAGAUGAUGAUGAUGAUUAUUAUUAUUAUUCUAAUUAUCAUUAUAUUAAUUAUUGUUACUUGCAUUCACAGUAUAUUUGUUGAGCGCCAGCAAGAGCAAAUUCCACCAACUUAUUAUAAUAAAGGUCCCGAUUCCACUGAUAA